AUGAGUGAGGUCAAUUAUUCGCCGGAGAAGGAGGUCAGCUACGUCCCCGAGAAGGAGGUCGCAUCUUCGCCGGAUUAUACCCACGAUGGCCCAAUCGAUGGAGAGUUGGUCAACGCCUCCGGUCAUCGCCAAGAACUAGAGCGCAACUUUGGCCUCAUCAGUAUUUGUGCUGUGGCCGUGACUACCGGAAACACAUGGAUUGCCCAAGGUGGUAGUGUCGUUGUAGCCCUGAGCAACGGUGGACUUGCAGGAACUAUCUAUGAAUUCAUAGCUGUGUCUAUCUGUUACUGGUUAGUCGCCGCAUCAAUUGCCGAAUUGGCAUCGGGUAUGCCCUCAUCCAGUGGUGUCUACCACUGGGCAACUAUCACUGCGGGAAGCAAGUACGGUCGCGUGUGUGGAUUUUACGCCGGAUGGUGGAACUGUCUGGCUUGGAUUCUCGGCGCCGCAUCCAUGUCUUUGAUUCUGGCUCAGCAGACCGUGGCUAUGUAUGUGCAGAUGCAUCCCGACUUUGUGCCCUCGCAAUGGAACGUCUUUGUCAGCUUCCUGCUCUGCACCUGGACUUGCUGCUGCGUCGUGCUGUUCAUGAACCGCUUCCUGCCUCACAUUGGAAACCUCGGAUUGUUCUUCAUUCUCGCUGGUGUGUUCGUUACCAUCGUCGUGUGCGCUGUGAUGCCUCAUGUGACCGGCUCUGGAUAUGCCACCGAUAAGCUUGUGUGGGCCACUUGGGAGAACGGAACUGGUUAUUCCCAACAAGGAUUCGUCUUUGUGGCUGGUAUGCUCAACGGUGCUUACAGUGUUGGCACCCCUGACUGCUCAUCUCACUUGGCUGAGGAGAUCCCCAAGCCGAGCCGGAAUAUUCCCAAGGCUAUCUUGGCCCAGAUGGCUGUCGGUUUCGUCACCGGUAUCUGUUACAUGAUCGCAAUCUUCUAUUCUAUCAACGAUCUCGCCUUGGUGUCCGACCCGAGCACCUUCUUCCCCCUUGCUGAGAUCUACCGCCAAGCCACCGGCUCCCAUGCGGGCUCUGUGGGUCUUCUAGUCGUCGCUUUCCUGCCUACCUUUAUCACUGCCUGCGGUUGCUACAUCACUGCCGGCCGUACGCUUUGGACCAUUGCUCGUGAUGGCGCCACUCCAUUCUCGGGAUGGCUUGGAACUAUCAGCCCCAGGUUCAAGAAUCCCUUCAACGCCACCCUGGCCUGCUGUGGCUUAAUCACCGUGCUAGCGUGCAUCUACCUUGGCUCGAGCACCGCCUUCAGCGCCUUUGUCGGAUGCUUCGUGCAGCUAUCCAGUCUUUCGUACUUCAUGGCCAUCUUCCCUCACAUCUUGACCCGCCGUUCUUCCUUCGUCCCUGGAUACUUCUUCAUGAACCACACAAUUGGCUACAUCGUCAAUGCCCUGUCCUGUGCCUACAUCAUCGUCUUCGCUAUCAUCUUCUGCUUCCCUUACGCCAUCCCUACUAGCGCCGCGGCGAUGAACUAUGCCAGUCUGAUGACCGGCGGUCUUUCUAUCUUCGUUACCAUCUGGUGGUUCAUUCAUCAGGGCUCUUACGUGGGCCCAAAGCAUGUCCCGUUGACUGACAAGGCCCUGGCUGAUGAUGCUCGGAACCCGGCUACAUCAUCUAACGACACCCUCGAAGAGUCCAGUCGUCCUACCAAAAAGCCCCGCCUCGAAGACGAACCAACGCCCAAGGAUGUGCAAUCGACACCAACAGCCAGUCGAAAGCCACUCCUACAAGUCAACAAUCGAGGAUCAGACAGUGUGACACACUCGCUAUCUAAUGAAUUGACCAAAGAUGAUACAUCCGAUGAAAAAUACUUCAAUGUUCUCUGGCGCAAACCAAGCGCCAAAAAGCACAAAACGUGGGACGGGGAUGGGAUUCUCUCUAUUCGCGGAGGAUUUGUGUAUCUACGAGAUACUGCCGGGAAGGAGAUGGGACGGAAGGUGCACGAAGCCUGCCUCGAGCCGGGAACAACAUUGUCUAUAUCCGGGAAAGAGGUUGAAAUAGACUCUGAAAUAUCACGCAAGGAAUACCUCUCUGGCAGAAGGUUCUUGGAAAGCACGAAGCCAGCACCUACCUCCACGCCGGACCCGGUGCCCACACCGAAAAAAGACGCCCUCCCCCCUCGAAAGAAGGGUGAAGUACGCAAACCUACGGCUGCAGAGCGGACACAGUCCCUCAAGCGUUCGCUGGCCCUAGUUACCAACCCUACUGCGAACCCUGGGACUGCACCAGCGGCGUUUGCGGCUUACAAGGCGCCGCUGCUUGUAAAUACGGUUACUCCCAAGGUCAUUGGGAAGGUUGUCCCACGCCAUGACCCUAAGGCGGUUGGUGCAUUGGUUAUGCCGCGGCCGAAGUCUGUGCCGAAGGGGAAACAGGUUGUGGAUGUUGUCGUUGAUCCUAUCCUGACCAAGAACUUGCGGCCGCAUCAGCGUGAGGGUGUGAAGUUCUUGUAUGAGUGUGUCAUGGGUAUGCGGUCGUUCAAUGGUGAAGGUGCCAUUCUCGCAGAUGACAUGGGGUUGGGAAAGACUUUGCAGACUAUUGCGCUGCUUUGGACUUUGCUUAAGCAGAACCCUGUCUUUGAAGCCCCGCCUGUUAUUAAGAAGGCUUUGAUUGUGUGCCCUGUCACUCUUAUCAAUAACUGGCGGAAGGAGUUCCGCAAGUGGCUCGGAAAUGAGCGCAUUGGAGUGUUUGUGUUUGACGAUAAGAGUAAACGUCUUACUGAUUUCACCAAGGGCCGGGCUUAUAGCAUCAUGAUUGUUGGAUAUGAAAAGCUCAGAACUGUCCAGGAAGCUUUGGCGAAUAGUUCUGGAGUCGAUAUCAUUAUCGCAGACGAAGGCCACAGGCUUAAGACAUUGCAGAACAAGAGUGGUCAAGCGAUCCAGUCUCUCAGCGCCGUGAAGAGGGUCAUUCUCUCUGGCACGCCAAUUCAAAAUGACCUGAAAGAGUUCUUUGCAGCCGUGGACCUUGUUAAUCCAGGGAUACUGGGCAAUUUCAAGUCCUUUAUUCGAGAAUUCGAAACCCCAAUCGUUCGCAGCAGACAACCAGAAGCAACAAGAAAGGAGAUUGAGAAAGGAGAGUCCAGAGGCGAAGAGCUGCGGGAACUCACCUCCAAAUUUAUGCUCCGCCGAACAGCAGACAUCUUGGCCAAAUACCUCCCCCCAAAGACCGAAUAUGUCCUCUUCUGCAAACCAACCCGCCCUCAGGCAAAUAUUUACAAAGCUGUCCUCGCCUCCCCGAUCUUCCAAACAGCAAUGGGCAACGCCGAAAGCGCCCUGCAGCUAAUAACAAUCCUGAAAAAGCUCAGCAACAGCCCUUCCCUCCUAACAGCUAAAAACAACAACAACACCCCUAACGAAACAAUGACUGCCCUCAUUGAAUCCAUUCCCCAACCCCUCCACCGCCACCUAUCACCCUCCUCGAGCGCAAAGAUUCGCGUCCUCGACCAACUCCUCGACACAAUGCGCAACAAAACAGACGAGAAAAUAGUCCUCGUCUCAAACUACACCUCAACCCUCUCCCUCCUCGCAACCCUCCUCACAUCCCUCGGCCUCCCCUACCUCCGUCUCGAUGGCAGCACCCCAGCGCAGAAACGACAAGGCCUGGUAGACGACUUCAACCGUCUCCCAGCAUCUUCCUGUUUCGCCUUCCUGCUAUCCGCUAAAGCAGGCGGCACGGGUCUCAAUCUGAUCGGCGCUAGUCGUCUCAUCCUCUUCGAUGUAGACUGGAACCCGGCAACGGAUAUCCAGGCUAUGGCACGUAUUCACCGCGACGGCCAAAAACGGCCUUGUCGCAUCUACCGUGUUCUGCUCAAGGGUAGUCUUGAGGAGAAGAUCUGGCAGAGACAGGUUACCAAGCUUGGUCUUGCGGAUAGUGUUAUGCAGGAGAAGAGUACCAGUAAUGGUGGUGCGCAGUUCUCGGCUGCUGAGCUGAGAGAUUUGUUCAGGCUUGAUGAGGACAGGGCGUGUCAGACGCAUGAAUUGUUGGGUUGUCAGUGUGGUGGACGUGGUGUUCAGGCUGAUUCUGAGGUUUCGUCUGGGGCUGCGACACCUGCUACUAUUGAUGGUGGGGGUGGUUCUGAUGAGGAUUUGUCGGAUCCGCCUUCGGACUUUGACGAUGGGGAUGAGGAUUAUGAUUCGGAUGAGUCACUGCCGAAACCUCAUACUCUUGUUAAAGCUUCUGAGGUCGAUAUGGAGAAACAAGAACAGUUUAUCCGUGACGGCACUUAUCGUGCUAAGAUGGCUGGGAGGGGGAAGAAGGGUACGAAAGAGAAGGAAGGUGAUACCAAGAGUCAGAAAGAUAAGAUGCACCAGUCUUUGGCCCAGUACUCACACAUUGACCCAACUCUGCUUGCCACUGAGUCUGAUCCUAAUGCCGCGGCUGAGGUUGAAGAUGAGGAGCUUGAAGCUGCCAUUGAUGACGAUGUGCUCGUUUCUAUGCUGAAGGAUGAGUGUAACUUGAUUGGAUAUGUUUUCAAGAAGACUAAUGGGGCGGAAAUCAGGAGUUAG